AAUCUGUUUUCUCUGCAGGUUGCUUUCACUACCAAAAUUUAUCACCCCAACAUCAACAGCAAUGGCAGCAUCUGCCUGGACAUCCUACGGUCUCAGUGGUCUCCAGCACUGACCAUGUCAAAAGGUAGAGACUGACAGCACUCUCCCUGCACCCUGUCACACACGUUUGUAUCCCAACGCUGACUGGGCGGCAGUGGAGGCUAAGAAAAAGCAGGCAGUUUCCCCAGGUCACACAGCCCCACCCACCACUGUGCCCACCUAGAUGUUCCCACACUGCAGGGUCGCAGCAGUGGCAGAACCCAGUGCUCAGGACCCUGGCACGUCUCAGCAGUCAGUCACUGUGGGGUGCUCAAGAAUGUCGCAUGGGUGGAAGAAGAAAAUAUUGAUUGUACUUACACU